CGCCGCCGCGGGGCCGGCCGUGUCCCCAGCCGGGUGAAGAGGAGGCGGGAGCCGAGCCGAGGGGCCCCCUCCCAGGCCCCUGCGGCUGAAAGCACGCCGCCAGGGGGCACGAUGGACGCCCCGCCCGCCCAGGCCGUCCCGAAGCUGCCCCCGGGCACCUGCGCGCCCCGGCCGGGCCCCGCGCUCUGAGCGCGCCGCUCACAGGAUUCUGCCGCAGAAGCAUGUAAAAUAGAUUGCUUGGUCUAAAAUAGAAAAGAGUGGCAACGUUUUGCUGAGUUUCCAGACCUUUCCCAAGAUGGAACCAAUAACAUUCACGGCGAGGAAGCAUCCGCUCCCUAACGAGGUCCGGGUGGCCUUCGGCCUCCAGCUGGUGGGCUCCUUGCCGGUGCAUUCCCUGACCACCAUGCCCAUGCUGCCGUGGGUCGUGGCGGAGGUGCGGCGGCUCAGCGGGCAGCCCUCCAGAAGGGAGCCCGGUACCAAGCAAGUCCGGCUUUGCGUCUCACCCUCCGGCCUGAGAUGUGAGCCUGAGCCGGGGAAGACUCAGCAGUGGGAUCCCCUGAUCUGCUGCAGCAUCUUCGAGUGUAAGCCGCAGCAUGUGCACAAACUGAUUCACAACAGUCACGACCCAAGUUACUUUGCUUGUCUGAUUAAGGACGAUCCGGCCAACAGGCGGAGUGUCUGCUACGUGUUCAAAGCUGAUGACCAAACAAAAGUGCCUGAGAUCAUCAGCUCCAUCCGCCAGGCCGGGAAGAUUGCCCGCCAGGAGGAGCUCCAUUGCCCUUCGGAGUUCGACGACACCUUCUCCAAGAAGUUCGAGGUGCUGUUCUGCGGCCGGGUGACCGUGGCACACAAGAAGGCCCCGCCAGCUCUGAUCGACGAGUGCAUCGAGAAGUUCAAUCAUGUCAGUUGCAGCAGGAAAGCCGAACUCGACUCGGUCUCCCUGAAUUCCGAGACCAGCAGCCCCGCGGGGGGCUUUUCCUUCACGGAUAAGUUCCGGUCUGUGCUGCAGCCGGCGGGGGGCGCGGAGCAGGGCCGCUGGCCCAUGCGCAAGUCCUUCUCGCAGCCCGGCCUGCGCUCCUUGGCCUACAGGAAGGAAUUUCAGGAUGGAAGCCUUCGAAGUCACAGCUUCUUCAGCUCCUUUGAUGAAAACGACAUUGAGAACCACCUCAUCAGUGGACACAAUAUUGUGCAGCCCACAGAUAUCCAGGAAAAUCGAACUAUGCUUUUCACGAUUGGUCAAUCUGAAGUUUACCUCAUCAGUCCUGACACCAAAAAAAUAGCAUUGGAGAAAAAUUUUAAGGAGAUAUCCUUUUGCUCUCAGGGUAUUAGACACGUGGACCACUUCGGGUUCAUCUGCCGCGAGUCUUCGGGAGGCGGAGGCUUUCAUUUCGUCUGUUACGUGUUCCAGUGCACAAACGAAGCUCUGGUUGAUGAAAUCAUGAUGACACUGAAACAGGCCUUCACGGUGGCUGCUGUGCAGCAGACGAAAGCGCCAGCCCAGCUGUGUGAGGGCUGCCCCCUGCAGGACCUGCAUAAGCUCUGCGAGCGCAUCGAGGGAUUGAAUUCUUCUAAAACCAAACUAGAACUCCAGAAGCACCUGACAACGUUAACCAAUCAGGAGCAAGCAAUGAUUUUCGAGGAGGUGCAGAAAUUGAGACCAAGAAAUGAGCAGCGAGAGAAUGAAUUGGUUAUUUCUUUCCUGAGAUGUUUGUAUGAAGAGAAGCAAAAGGUCCACAUCCACAUUGGGGAGAUAAAGCAGACAACCCAGAUUGCAGCAGAGACUCUUGGAAGUGAAUUACCAUCUACUGCCACUCGAUUUAAGCUUGAUAUGCUGAAAAACAAAGCGAAGAGAUCUUUAACAGAGUCUCUGGAAAGUAUUUUGUCCCGGGGUAAUAAAGCCAGAGGCCUUCCAGAACAUUCUGCCAGCCUGGAUCUGGACAGCUCUGUGUCUAGCACAUUAAGUAACAUCAACAAGGAGCCCCCUGUGUGUGACAAGCAGGCCGUGCCCGUGUCUGAGAGUGGCGUUGGGUGCCUCAGCUCCUCAGACGACCUGUCCAGCGACUCGGAGAGCCGCGCCUCAGAAGAGCCCGCCCUGCUGUCCCCGCAGCAGGGCUUCAGGAGGCGUGCGAACACCCUCAGUCACUUCCCCGUGGAAGGCCAGCAGCCUGCGGAGCCCGCCCUGGGGUCUCCGGGGGUCUCCCAAAGGAAACUUAUGAGGUACCACUCAGUGAGCACAGAGACGCCUCGUGAACGAAAUGGGAGUCAUCCACCCGUUGGCGAGUCUCAAAGUUGCUCAGGUCCUUCAGCUCCUGCUCCACCUCGUGUUAACCCCUCCGCCUCCUCACCAAAUUUUUUUAAGUACCUAAAACAUAACUCGAGUGGAGAACAAAGUGGGAAUGCCGUGCCAAAGAGCAUCUCCUACCGUAAUGCCCUGCGGAAAAAACUUCAUUCCUCUUCCUCUGUGCCAAAUUUUCUAAAAUUUCUGGCUCCUGUAGAUGAAAAUAACACCUCUGACUUUAUGAACACAAAAAGGGACUUUGAGUCCAAAGCCAACCACCUCGGCGACACAGGUGGGACCCCUGUGAAGACCCGGAGACACUCGUGGAGGCAGCAGAUAUUCCUCCGCGUGGCGACCCCGCAGAAAGGCUGCGACUCUCCCAGCAGAUUCGAAGAUUAUUCGGAGCUGGGAGAGCUUCCCCCGAGAUCUCCCUUAGAGCCAGUCUGUGAAGACGGGCCCUUUGGCCCUGUACCCGAGGAGAAGAAAAGGACGUCUCGCGAGCUCCGAGAACUGUGGCAAAAGGCAAUUCUGCAGCAGAUACUCCUCCUGAGGAUGGAGAAGGAAAAUCAGAAGCUCCAAGCUUCUGAAAAUGACUUGCUGAACAAGCGCCUGAAGCUGGAUUACGAAGAAAUCACUCCCUGUCUUAAAGAAGUAACGACAGUGUGGGAAAAGAUGCUCAGCACUCCGGGAAGAUCCAAACUUAAGUUUGACAUGGAAAAAAUGCAUUCAGCUGUCGGGCAAGGUGUGCCACGUCAUCACCGGGGAGAGAUCUGGAAAUUCCUAGCUGAACAAUACCACCUUAAACACCAGCUUCCCAGUAAACAGCAGCCCAAGGACACGCCGUACAAAGAGCUCCUGAAACAGCUCACCUCCCAGCAGCACGCCAUUCUCAUCGACCUCGGGCGGACCUUUCCAACACACCCGUACUUCUCGGCCCAGCUCGGAGCGGGGCAGCUGUCGCUGUACAACAUCCUCAAGGCCUACUCGCUCCUGGACCAGGAGGUGGGGUACUGCCAAGGCCUCAGCUUCGUGGCAGGCAUUUUGCUGCUUCACAUGGGAGAGGAGGAGGCGUUCCACAUGCUCAAGUUUCUGAUGUUUGACAGGGGCCUGCGGAAACAGUACCGGCCGGACAUGAUUAUUUUACAGAUCCAGAUGUACCAGCUCUCACGGCUGCUCCAUGACUACCACCGAGACCUGUACAACCACCUGGAGGAGCACGAGAUCGGCCCCAGCCUCUACGCCGCCCCCUGGUUCCUCACCGUGUUUGCCUCGCAGUUCCCCCUGGGAUUCGUGGCCAGGGUCUUCGAUAUGAUCUUUCUUCAGGGAUCAGAGGUCAUAUUUAAAGUGGCUCUAAGUCUGUUGGGAAGCCAUAAGCCCUUGAUUCUGCAGCAUGAAAACCUAGAAACCAUAGUUGACUUUAUAAAAAACACGCUACCCAACCUGGGCUUGGUGCAAAUGGAAAAAACCAUCAAUCAGGUGUUUGAGAUGGACAUCUCCAAACAGUUACAAGCGUAUGAAGUUGAGUACCACGUGCUUCAAGAAGAACUUAUCGAUUCCUCUCCUCUCAGUGACAACCAAAGAAUGGACAAACUGGAGAAAACCAACAGCAGCCUCCGCAAGCAGAACCUUGACCUCCUGGAACAGCUGCAGGUGGCAAACAGUAGGAUCCAGAGCCUCGAGGCCACAGUUGAGAAGCUUCUGACCAAUGAAAGCAAGCUGAAGCAGGCUGCCCUUGCCUUGGAGCUGGAGAGGUCGGCGCUGCUGCAGACGGUGGAGGAGCUCCAGAGGCGGACUGCAGAGCUGAGCGGGCCCCUGCUCGGCCUCACACAGCCCAAGCCCGCGGGUGACUGACAGCACCUCACCGGGGCGCCGCUCCCGAGGAGACCUUGCGACACUACCCUGACACUGUCCAGGCCUUAACUGAGAGACAGGAGAUGCUGGAGGGAGAGAAGGAAGCGUGAAGCAUGCUUCUCAGGGAGGAAACUGGCCGGCCGGCAUGCGGAGUCUUCUGAACUGAAGCCUGCGGUUCGGGGGGACGCAUGUCCCCGUGUUUUUGUUGUUGUUUAGGUUCUAAUUGGUCCUGAUUACUGUAAUCAGUAGAUUUAGAUGGCAUGGACAUGAAUAAAUGCACUUUUGUGUUUUCUUUUCCAGUAUCACUGUGUUUGUAAAGAGCAUUCUUAAUACUGUGGAAUUUCAAACCAGAGGGCUCGAGCUGAUUCCUCUGGCAAAGACGGUCCAGCGCUGUCCCUCGAGGCCGCAUGACUGCCCCUCGGCAUCGUCGGCGGGUCCAGGCGGCCCUUGUCCGUUUCUGUACGGAAGGCCAAG